GGUCUAACCUAACCUCUUGUACUACUUACCAACUCACACGAUCAUGACCUUUAACGAUUCGCAAAACUCCUCCUCCUCAUAUUCCUGGCACCAGUCGCACGAUCAGGCUACUGUACUUUUCCAUGUUCCUUUCGGAACCACAGAGGCAGAUAUUCAUGUAGAAAUUGAACCCACGGGGAACUAUAUCGUCGCUGGUGUACGUGGACAGCCGCCGACCAUCAAGGGUCGCUUCUAUGCUCGGGUCGACAGUGCAGGGAGCAUGUGGCAGCUCGAGCCACUGCGCUUAAGGUCUCGGCUCUCGGCCCGCGAACGCACCAACUCCACGACCUCAACAGCUUCCACGCAUUCAUCCUACGCAUUUAUAUCCGACCCGGAGAUAUCGAGCAGUUUUGCGGCGUCUCUAGAGAGCGGGCCUGCUUCGGACUCGGAGGAUGUGACGGGGUACUCAUCACCCGUCAGCCCCCGUUCGCAUCCUGUAUCUCGCUCCGUAUCGCCAGGACGUUUAUUUCCCAAUCCUACGUCCUCGCUUUCUUCUUUGGAGUCUCUGCACGUCCACCGGCCUGGGCGCUUAUUGACCUUACACCUUGAGAAGAAGCAGUCCAUCAUCUGGCCGUCCCUCAUCGUUGGCCCUUGCGCGGACACACUCUCACCCCCUGUUGCAAACUCGGUUGUUUUCAAAGCUAGUGAACAGCUCGAGCAUCAAUACAAUAUGGAUCCGACCAGUCUCAUACUCACAGCACUCGAGUUGUUCGAUAUCAGGCAAGACAGGGAGGCAUCAUUCGAGUAUUUCCUUCGAGCGUGGCAUCAGGCUCAUCUACCCGCGUCCACCAUGAGAUUGGUCUCGCACUACCUUCCACUUCAUAAGACUGCUGAUCUCGUCGAAAGCAAAACUGCCCGGCCGGGAACGGUGUCCUACUAUGCACAGUGCAUCGGUGGGGAAGAUGGACUGGCACAGCUGUAUCUAGAAGCUGGGAUGCUACAUCUCGAAGGUGCCGCGUCAGCUCUUCUGGUUUCUUCGGCAGCAAGCCUGUCGUCUCUCCGGGUAUCUCAGUAUCCUCUUCAUUCCGGCGAUGGAGCGACCGAAGCAUGGCGGAACGACAGAGACGCAGCCAGCAGAUAUUUCGAACGAGCUCGAUCCCUCCAGCCUGGCUUGGACAUCCCUGUUCUGCCUCCAUUGGGCCCAAGUCUUUCGCGGAAUCCUUCGGAACAGCUCGAAAUGCCGUCAAUCGACCUGUCUGGGUUCAGUCCUCCAGAAGUUGCGAGGAGGCGCAGGAAACUGAAGGACGAAGGCUCAACGACGAUUUUCGAUGAUCGGGGUCACAGAUUACCAGACUUGGACAAUACUUGGUACUUGUACGUACCAGGAUUAGUUGGAACCGGAACAGCGCUGCUCUUGGUUGGUGUCAUCGGCGCGCUUAGCUUUUCGUCGUGGUCAAGGAGGAACCAGGGCUCGUGAGUAGUAUGUACUACUUGAUGGGCAUAGAUAGAUCUGUCACGUCAUAUCGUUUACUAACAUGGAUGAUCUGUAUUCAUCUUGUUUUCGCCCUUCGCUGUGUUCGGCUCCUGUGAAGAAAAUCUGAAUCUCUGAGACGGCCAUGAAUCACUGGGACACGGAUUUUCUGCAGCCCAGUUCGCACGCUGCCACUACGGACCGUGCUCUGAUCAUCCUGAACCAACCGUUCUCGGACACGCUUUUCUUCCGGCUAUGGGCCUCGACGCAAUGGCAUUGCUGCGCAGACGGCGGCGCGAACCGGCUUUAUGACACGCUGGGACCCACGCGGAGCUUGCAAUAUCUCCCGGACCUGAUCAAAGGGGAUCUGGACUCUAUCCGCGAGGAUGUCCGUGGGUUUUAUGCUUCCCAUGGAGUUCCUGUGGUGCAAGAUUUCGAUCAAGACUCCACGGAUCUCAUGAAAUGUGUUGACGCGCUGCAAGAGCUCGAGGAUAAGGACACGACAAAGCAGCACACUAUCGUUUUGCUUGGGGGGUUAUCUGGGAGAUUAGACCAAACAAUUCACACGCUGAGUUAUCUGCACAAACUCCGCAGAACAAGAAGGCGUGUGUUCGCUGUGACCGAUGACAAUGUUGGAUGGGUGUUGGACGCUGGCCAGCACACGAUCACGGUUGACCAAACGGUGCUGGGCCCAACAUGCGGAUUAUUACCCGUAGGAAUUGAUUCGACUAUUCUUACGACGAAGGGGCUGCGAUGGAAUCUCACGAAUCACACGUCAUCCUUCGACGGCUUAGUCUCAACCUCCAAUCAGUUCGUUGCAGAUGAGAAUGAUAUCUAUAUAGAGACCUCAAAGCCAAUCUGGUGGACAGCAGAGCUGCGGUCACUGUAGAGUAGACAGAACAGACUUAGAAUACGCUUAUCGAUUAGAUACUGAUAUACAUAGAGGCAAGAGAUCAUCAAUCGGAUUGCUUCCUGUUCUCAACUUGCAUGUCGGCUCCCACUGAGAUCUUGGUUCUCUAUUUCGCUGCCGCAUCUACUGCCACUGGCCUCACAUUCGAAAAGAUUCAGCUGCCUCAGACCCAAUUCCCGCUCAGCUACUUGAGUGAUCUGCUUGUCGCAAGACAUCCGCAAAGUCCGGCGCUCCGUGAGAUCUUGGAUGGAAGCAAAUGGAGCGUGGAUGCGGAGAUGGUCGAUGAGCCCGAGAGCUGCAUUCUGCGUGGAGGAGAAGAGGUCGCCGUUAUAUGUCCCGUGUCUGGCGGCUGAAAACGCGUGGCUACUAUCUCUCACAUUCCUUCUCCUGCUGUCCAUCCCUCUGUAUCGACGCUGUCGGAGGACAAGUUCAUACGGCCAACCUAGCUAUGCAUUUACUGCGAUCCGAUUGACCCCUACAACCUUCAUGCUCACCGAGUACGACGACAUUUUCGACGAGCAUCCCCAAAUCUUCGUCAAAGUGGUCUCUUCCGCAAACACUGUACUAAUCAUCGACUCUGGCUGUGGAGGGAAGAGCGCACGACCUGCGAAGACAACCUCCUUGCGAACCUUCAUUGAAAAGGCAAAACUAGACUGUAAUGGAGGAGUUGCGCUCAAUGAGGGAGGUAGGAUGGACUACGUCGUGGUUGCCACUCAUUGUCACUAUGAUCACAUUCUGGGGAUAGAACAAUUCACAGACUCUCCCAUCUUGGUAUCUGGUCACGACGCGUCUUUCAUAUCACCGAAGAAUUUGCCUGCACACAGUCUGUGUCAAACCCUGGGCCUGAAAACUCCGCAGUUCAAGGCCACUCUCGUUUCGCACGCGUAUCAGAUUCGUUCCGUGGAGGACGUUCCGCUCAACGUUCAAGUCUUGCAUACUCCAGGGCACACUCCAGACGAGGUCGCACUCUACGAUUACUCGGAAAGGAUGCUCUAUGUCGGGGACACCGUGUACGAAGUAGAGACGAUCAUAUUCCCUUCCGAGGGCUCGAUUGUGCAGUGGAUGGACUCGAUGCAGUAUUUGAUCGCGUUCGUCCGAGAGCAGAGCGGUCAGACGCCAGUCCAGCUCAAUGCUGGUCAUCGCACAUACAGUCGGCCAGCCAUGGACGUCUUGAUCGCUGCGAGAACGUUCAUAGAGGACGUGAUAGCAGGCCGGGAGCAAGUGAAGGAUCGGAUGCGCCGGAGAGGAGAGGAGAACAUUCGAUAUGAGCAGGGAGAGGGUCGGUUUGCGUUGCUCUGUCCGGAACGGUUAGUAUUGGAGGCCCGGGAUAGCGGAGUUGCCUACCGAUGA